UCUUUCUUCCUCUCAUUCUCUCUCAGUUCUAGAAGCUUCACUGCUCACCAUGACAGACAUGGCUGAGCUCGGUUAUUCUGAUUCUCAGUGACGAUCCUUACAUGGACUAUAAAAGAAUUUUGCUCAAAGAUUUUGGCACCUACCCCAUAUUAAUAUUACUGCUAUGAAAUAAUAUUACUAGUUCUCUAUUGCCUUUAAAGAAAACAGAGUAACGGAGAUAAACAAGCGCGAAUCUAAUUCCCUUUAUUUAAAUAACGGUUUUUCCUAGUCCACCCGUUUCAGUACCUAAGUAUCUGUACUUUUGUUCACCAAAUCUUUCUGUUAAAUGAGACACUGAGCGUUGGGCUCCCACUAUUCCACACAAGAGAUACAGCGGCAAAUCAAAAAAUGCAGAUUAUUCAUACUCAAACCACCGCUUCUCCUCUCACAAAUAUCUUCCUCAAUAGCACCCUAGCUUCUUCUCCCAAAAAGCCCUUCAAUUUCAGUCCUUUUCCAUUUAAGAAGAACCCCAAAUGGAAUGCUUUGGGUAGUAUUUUGAAACCAAAUCAUGAGUUGCGAAUCAAGAACCGCAUUGUAAUAUGCUCAGCUUCUGAACAACGAAGCUUUGGUAAUGAUCCCAAACGGAAAAGAAAAGUAGUUGAACACGUGUGUUUGAUCAAAGGGAAGGAGGACUUAUCUGAAGAACAGGAGAAAGAUAUGCUGGAUUACCUGUACACAACCCAAUAUCAAAUGCGUGGCAUUCUUUCCAUCUCACUAGGGCGCAUCUCUGGUGGCAAUGAUGAUAAGUAUAGCCAUGCUACCUACAUGCGGUUUCAGACAAAGGAGGAUCUGUCAAAGUUCUAUGAGAACCAAUUCUACGUGGGAGUCCUUAGGGACCAUGUACUGCCUUACUGCCAUGAAAUUAUCAAUGCCAAUUUUGAGUCCGAAGUAGAAGAUGAUAUACUGCCAAUAUUUCGAAAAGGGGAGGAGUUCAACUAUGGCGUGGAGCUUGUACUUCUGAUAGCAUUUGUCAAGAGUUCUUUGGAUGGUCCUGCUGAAGAUGCUUUGCUUGCUCUGUCAAAGCUGAUAAUGGAGUUCCCAUCCUUAAUCGUUCAGGCUACUCUUGGUUCAAUUUUUAAUAUUUCCGGUGCAGAAUAUACUCAUGGUGUAGUAAUACGGUUUCGCUCUUCUGAAGCAUUCCAGAUGUUCAUGAACAGUUCAGAAUACAAAUAUAUGUGGAGAUCUAAAUUUCAGCCAAUCGUCCAAAAACAUCUCUCUGUUCAUUUUUCGGUUGAUCCAGUGGGCACAGAGCUUAUGUAGCAAAAAUUCAUCCCAUUACCUGAGUUACAUAUGAGGCGUUUAAACAUCCUAUUUUGGAUAUCGGCUGAGUGUGGUGGCUUUGAAGAUUCCUUUAUUACAUUACAAUGCUCCCUCUUCCAGAGAGAACCAGCAGGUUUGCAUUUAAUUCACCGGAGAUCCCUUUUUCUCCUAACUUGAUAACUUAGAUUGUGUUUGUGUUCUCAUCAAGCACAUUAUUUAAUGAUUGGGAAUAUAUUUGAUGGCUUUUGCGUUACUUUGCUAUUCUAACUGAACUAGAAUUUUUCUCAUAUAAAAACAGGUUUAAUUGGCGUGAUGAACAUGCUAUGCAUAGUAUAAACUCAAAGGCGUGCAUAAUCUUUUGGCCUUUAGGAUCCAGUUACUUGAAGAUCUUGUUGGGGAAGCAAAAUGAGUUGAGAUGUUCAGACAUUGGGAAAACAGAAAAAGAAAAGUUUUUCACUGAAAUGUGUUUUAUAAUUAAAAAUAUGCAGCCCUUGAGUCAUCGAACUCAUUUUGGGAUAUCCACUAAAUAAUUUGCAUCUUUUGUUUCUCAUAGCAGACGUAUUGUAACAGGUACGAAACUACCAAUUGCCUCAUAUCAAGAUUGUCAUUCGUCUGGGGAUUCACCAAGAAAUGCUAAAAAAUGAAAUGUUGGACUGCUUGGAGGACUUAUUAAUAGAAUCUUCUUAUGAUGUACUAUAGUAAGCAUUUGUUGUUUUUGCAUUUGUAUCAUAUGUAUCCGAUGGAUCGAAAAGCCAGCUGCCUUCUCCGCCAGUGAGGCUAUUAUUGCUUUAAUAUUUUUUUCUAAACCAGGCUUAGGAUAGAAAAUAAGGAAGAAAAAUUUACCUUACUUGGCUGCUUUUGAGACUAGCUAGUUGACCUGUUUGCACCAGCCGCAGUUUUUGAUUUGAAUGGACAUAAAGUGAUCUCAAUGUGUGGUUUUUA